AUGGAUGCCAAAACUUCAUUGCCCUGGUACACUACACUUUCUAAUAAAUAUAAAGAUUAUAUAGAAGGCUUUGAUAUGUUGUAUCAGCUGAAGGCAUUAAAUGAAGAUGAAAUUAAAAAAGUUUAUGAUAUAAUCAAAACAAAUUUAAUAGAUACAAUGAAAUGUUCACCAAGCGAUAUUAUCAAUCAGAUUUUUCAAAAUAUCGUAAUUCGAAAUCGAUAUCUUAAAUCAUAUUGGACACUUUUCAAAAUGAUUUAUGAAGAAUAUCAUCCAAAGCUAACAGGACCUAUUAAUUCAACUCUAGAUUGCCUUCUUUACAAAGAAUAUGGAUUCACUAUAAAUAACGAAGAGUAUUUUGAAUUCACAGAAACAGAUAUAGCUAAUUUUUGUAUGAAAUUUUUUGAAAAAAGCAUUAUUAAGGCAAUUAUUAAUGACGAUAUAAGGGCGUUCAUUUUUUGUACAGAGCAAGAAGAUUAUAGUAAGUCUAUAUGUAUCACCACUUAUUUGUUUCCCAAAAUUAAUAAAGGCAAUGGGUACAAGAUUGGAAAUUCAUUACUGGAAAUAUGUUGCUAUUAUGGUGCUGCCAAUUGUUUUAAAUUUUUGAGAACAAAAUACAACAGCAAAAUCACUCCUGAAUGUCUUUAUUUUUCAUUUUUGAGUAGAAAUGCAGAGAUUAUGAAUGAGUGUUUGAAGGUCCAAAAACCAGAUGAUCUAUGCAUGGGAUUUGCAAUUAUUUCGCACAAUAUUGACUUUAUAACAUUUCUAAUGAAUGAGUACCAAAUCAAAUUCAUUCCAGAGUUUUGUACCAAAUACAGAAAUCUUGGGGCUUUUUUGGCUUAUUUAGAUCAAACAAGUGAUAUCGAAACAUGUUUUAUUUACUCAGUGCCAUUUGGAAUUAGAUCACUUUGCGAAUAUUUCUUAUCGCAAAAUGUAAAUGUUAAUGCAAAAGAGCAAACUAAAGGCAUGACUGCCCUUCAUUUAGCAUCAAUAAACAAUAUGAUUGAAAUAGCUGAAAUGCUUAUUUCUCAUGGUGCCGAUAUAAAUGCAAAAGAUUUGGAUGGAUGCACCCCUCUUCAUUUGGCAUCAAAAAAAAAUAUGUUUGAAAUGGCUGAAAUGUUGAUAUUGAAUGGCGCCGACAUUGAAUCAAGGGACAAUCACAUGUUCACACCACUCCAUCAUUCAGCCAAUAAUAAUAGCAUUGAAGUGUUUGAAACUCUUAUAUUUUAUGGAGCUGAUAUCAAUGCAGUAAAUGAAUAUAUGAAAACAGCACUUAUGAUGUCACUCUUAUUAAAUUAUGACGAAUUAUCUAAAAUAAUUAUAUCAUAUGGUGCAGAUGUCAAUUUGAGAGAUCAAUUUGGUCAAACAGCUUAUUUUUAUGCUCUUCAUAAGUCCAAAAUAGAAAUUUUGCUUUCACUUCUUUCUCAUGGUGCAGACAAAAAUGUUAGGGAUAACUUUGGGAAAACAGCUUUCGAGUAUAUGAUAGAUCAAAUAGAGAAUCAGGUAUAUUUGGAUAACAAUGGAAAUUAUUGGUGGUAG